UGUCUCUCCCUCUCUCAAGUCUAUGGCCGUAAUUCUAGACACCGGCAAAUUUUUUUUUUUAGCAAAAAGACUUGUUUAAUAAUAAAUUAGUAAAUAAAUAUAUUUGACAAUUAAUCUCGAGUAUAUUUUUAAUUUCAAAUGAAUUAAUUACAAGUUAAACAAAUACUUGAUUUGUCUUUAAAUAAUGGAAUCAACUGAUGGAUUUCCUCAACCAACAGUUCCCGGGUAUCCACCUGUAACUCCAACUGGAACAUCAACUUUUGGAGCUCCAAUUAUUCCAACUGCACCAUUUAUACCACCUCCUGGAUUGCCACCAGGACCCACAGGUAUUAUCCAACAGCCAUUUACAAUUCCCCCUCCAGGAUUUGGAUUUUCAAUCAAUGCUGGACAAAUUCCAGAACCAGGAGUUAUUGUGGCACCACCACAAAUAAUUGGAGCAGUACAUUCAGUAAAUCCUGAAUCAGCAUCAAGUCCAUCAUUACCAAUAAAUGAAAAUUCAUCAUCAUCAACAAUUAGUGAAAAAAAAAGUGAAUGGAGUGAACAUAAAGCACCUGAUGGACGUAUAUAUUAUUAUAAUAUAACAACAAAACAAUCAUUAUGGGAAAAACCAGAUGAUUUAAAAACACCAACUGAAUUAUUAUUAUCACAAUGUCCAUGGAAAGAAUAUAAAUCAGAAAAUGGAAAAGUAUAUUAUCAUAAUUUAAAUACAAAAGAAUCACGUUGGACAGUACCAUUAGAACUUGAACAACUUAAAAAUAAAAUAAUUGCUGAAGGUUCAACAUCAUCAAUAAUACAACAAAUAAAUACAACAAAUUCAGUAAAUCCUCCACCAUCAACAAUUUUACCUCCACCACAACAAAUAACAACACAAUCGAGUGAAUUAAAUAGUGGAAAAUCAGCAAUUGAACAAGCUAUGGCAGCAACAUUAGCAGCAAUAAAUAUUCCAACACCACCAUCAAAACCAGAUGAUGAUAGUAAUUCUGGUAAAGGUAGUGCAAAUGAUAGUCGUACAAGUACUCCAGAACCAAAAAUACAAUUUAAAGAUAAAAAAGAAGCUAUUGAAGCAUUUAAAGAAUUAUUAAAAGAACGUGAUGUACCAUCAAAUGCAACAUGGGAACAAGCUGUUAAAACAAUACAAAAUGAUCCACGUUAUCCAUCAAUGAAAAAAUUAAAUGAACGUAAACAAGCAUUUAAUGCAUAUAAAACACAAAAAUUAAAAGAAGAACGUGAACAAGAAAGAUUACGUUUAAAAAAAGCUAAAGAAGAUCUUGAAAAAUUUUUAUUAAAUCAUGAUAGAAUGACAAGUACAACAAAAUAUUAUAAAUGUGAAGAAAUUUAUGGUAAUUUAGAAAUUUGGCGUGCUGUUGCUGAUCCAGAUCGUCGUGAUAUAUAUGAAGAUGUUAUAUUUAAUUUAGCUAAACGUGAAAAAGAAGAUGCAAAACAAUUAAAAAAACGUAAUACAAAAAGAUUAACACAAAUAUUAGAUACAAUGACUGAAGUAACAUAUCAAACAACAUGGCAAGAAGCACAAGCAUUGUUACUUCAACAUUCAUCAUUUGCUGAAGAUUCUGAUUUAUUAGAAAUGGAUAAAGAAGAUGCAUUAUUUAUAUUUGAAAAUCAUAUAAGACAACUUGAAAAAAAUAAAGAAGCAAUAAAAAGUAAAAAUAAAAGACGAAAAAGACUUGAACGUAAAAAUCGUGAUGGUUUUGGUAGUUUAUUGGAUGAAUUACAUGUACAAGGUAAAUUAACAUCAAUGAGUCUUUGGGUUGAAUUGUAUCCAAUGUUAUCAGCUGAUUUACGUUUCUCAGCAAUGCUUGGACAACCUGGUUCAACACCACUUGAUUUAUUUAAAUAUUAUGUUGAAGAUUUAAAAUCACGUUUUCAUGAUGAAAAAAAAGCAAUACGUGAAAUAUUAAAAGAUAAAUUUGAAGUAAAAAGAAGUACAACAUUUGAAAAAUUUGCAACAAUUAUUUGUAAAGAUGAAAAAUCAGCUUUACUUGAUACUGGUAAUGAUCAAUUAACAAAUAAUUUAUUACUUAGUGUUGAAUCAAACGAAAAAGAAAGAAUUAAAGAAGAAAAUAAAAAAAUGAAAAAAUUAGAAACAGGCUUAAAACAAUUAUUAAAAAAUAUUGAUGUUGAUUAUCAAGCAAAUUGGGAUGAUGUUAAAUUAAAAAUUGAAAAUGAAAAUGAUUAUCAAGCAAUUAAAUCAGAAAGUGAUAGAAUUAAAAUAUUUAAAGAAUAUCAACAUGAUUUAGAAGAAAGUUGUGCUCAUCAUCAUAUUAGAAGUAAAAAAAAAAAAACUAAAAAACCAAAACGUAAAUCAAGAUCAAAAUCACACAGUGAUUCUGAAACUGAUGAUAAAGGAAGAAAAAAAAAACAUAAAUCACGUAGUCCAAGUGUUCAUAGUAAAUCAGAAAGUUCAGAAUCAGAAAGUAAAAAAUUAAAAAAGAAAAAAAAUAAAAAAAAGAGUAUUCGUAGUCAUUCACAUUCUGAUUCACGUUUACCAUCAUCAGAAGAAUCACCAGAUAGAAAAAGAAAAGAAGAAAAACAUCGUCGUGCAUCAGGACACAGUGAAGCAUCAGCAAAUGGUGAACAACAUGCUGAACAACCUGGUGAACAACAGGAACUAUCUGAAGAUGAGUUGGAAAAACAACGAGCUCAACUACUUCAUGAGUUACAAAUGCAACAAGAAGACAAUUGAAUAUUUUAUAUAUAUAUACUUUACUUUUUUUUUAAACUGAUUUUUUUCAUUUGUUGAUUAUUAAUCAUACUUUUUUAAACACUCAACAAUAUUAAAGCACAACUUUUAACAUUUGCUCAUGUGCUUUAAGUAUUGAUGUUUAAAAAAUAAAAAGAAAAAAUAUAUAUAUUUUAGAUGAAAAAAAUCAGCCUAAUUCAAUAGACAAUAGACAACUGCAAUGUUGUCUUAUUUUCAUUUAAAUAAACAUACAAUAAAUAAUA